AUGUCCGACUCAUCCAAUGAAGGUAGUUUAUCCACUAGCAGGACAACGCCAAUGUCCAAAAGGUCUCCUUCCAUCUUGGUUACUGACUCCCGGUCUUCUAAGCAUAGAAUGAGCGCCCCCUUUGCUGGACAUGCUGCUGGGUCACUCAAUCAGCCCAAGCCAUUUAAUCGUGGCAUACCUCAUCAUACGCCAUACUCUUCGACUGGAAUACAUUCUCAACUCCGAAAGAAAUCCUCCGGAAGGUUUGGUGAUGUAUCCAUUGAUAAUAUACUUCUGGACAGUUCGGAUGUUCCCUCAGGUAGACGAGAAGAACGGCUUUCUAAUUCAUCACAAGAAAGAUUCCCAUUUGCUUCAGACCGACUGAGGUCAUCAUAUUUUAAGAGAUCCAUUAAUCCGUUACCUUCAAGAACAUCAAAGACAUCACAAAAGUUGGUCUUGAUUCCAGAAGAUGAGCCAAUAGGAGCAGAAGUUGGUUCUUCGAAUGUCUUGGAUAGAAAGAGGCAUGCCACAACCCCAAGAUCGCCUGAACGGUAUGAGUCCAGUUAUAAGGAAAGUAAGCUGGCAAGAAUUACAGCUUAUAAUGUUGCAGAUGGAUUUAAUUUAAAAUUACUUUCCAAAUUUCUAGGUGAUACCCAUGAAGUCUCACCAAGAAUGUAUGAUGAAUGUUUAUAUAUAGCGUAUACUUUACCUUUAUUACCAGGUAAGGAAGGGUUUAGAAUCAAAUCUAAUAUUUCUAAGAAAACGGUAGGAGGACAAACACUAAUUGAUAAGCUUAUCGAUACAAGUGAGCAACGAGAUCAUCAUUAUGAAUAUUUUUCUGGUGUUGAGACAUUAGAGGAUGCACAUAAUAAUUAUGAGUUGGAUUCCAAUGCUAUUCCAAUUGAUACUACAGACCCGAAUUUGAUUCCAUCACAUUUGCCGAUACCAACAACAAAUCCAGAUUCAUUUAAUCCUAGUGAACCUCAAUUUUUUGCAGAGGAAUCACACAAUGAUCAGGAAUUAAGAAAAGGUGAUGGACGACUAAAAAAUCAAAAAAAUAAAAGUAUAAAUUUAGCGACCACUAUACCUUCAGAAGAUCAACAUGCAGAACUGUUUAUAUUUCAUUAUGGUGUUAUAGUAUUUUGGAAUUUCACAGAAAUGGAAGAAAAAAACUUGUUAGGUGACAUUGCAUUUUCCGAUUACAAGAAUCUGGUUAUUAGGCCUUUAGAUGAACAAGACAUUGAGACAGAACAAUUCCAUUUUGAAUACGAUAAAGAUACGGAAAGGCCCAGAAUUUUCAAUGAUAUUUUAACGCUUAGAUCGGGUGAUCAUAUGAUUGAGUUAACCUUAUCACAUGCAAUUGCUCAAUCUUCCAAGUUAUCACGGUUUGAAUCGAGGAUCACUCCCAUUUUGGCAUCAGUUACUAAACUACCUAAACGUUUAGCCUUAUAUGGAACGUUAGGAUUACAAAGGAAACAGCUUCUAAAACGAUCAGGGAAGUUAUUCAAACUGCGUGUUGAUGUCAACUUAUCGUCAAGUGUUCUGGAUUCACCAGAAUUCUUUUGGUCUUCUGAGCCAAGUCUCCAUCCUUUGUAUAUUGCUAUGAGAGAAUAUUUAGAGAUAGAUCAAAGGGUACAAGUCUUAAAUGACCGGUGCAAAGUGUUUUUGGAAUUUUUUGACAUCUGUGUCGAUUCUGUAGCUGAAAGAAACAUUGCUCGAGUUACUUGGUGGUUUAUUAUUGUUAUUAUUGUGGGUGUUAUCUUUUCACUAACAGAGAUCUUUGUGCGAUAUAUAAUAAUACAUAGUCAUAGAUAG